UUUUAGCUAUGCAAAUGCCGACCGUGAUAUCGAACAGGCAUUAAUUGCAUUGAAGAAGGGCGCUCAACUGCUUAAAUAUGGUCGUAAAGGAAAGCCGAAGUUCUGUCCAUUUAGGCUUUCUAGUGAUGAAUCAUCUUUGAUCUGGAUUUCAAGUAAAGGUGAAAGAAGUUUGAAGUUAGCUUCAAUCUCACAAAUUAUUCCUGGGCAAAGAACUGCUGUCUUUGAAAGAUAUCUUCGUCCUGACAAGGAUUACUUAUCAUUCUCUCUUAUAUACAACAACGGGAAGCGAUCCCUUGAUCUGAUUUGUAAGGAUAAAGUUGAGGCAGAGGCUUGGAUUGCAGGCCUGAAAGCUUUAAUAGCAUCUGGUCAAGGUGGGCGUUCCAAGAUUGAUGGCUGGAGUGAUGGAGGCCUCUAUCUUGAUGACAGUUGUGAACUGACUUCAAAUAGCCCAAGUGACAGUUCACACAGCGUGAAUAGAGAUAAUAGUUCUCCAGAAGUUCUUGUCAGUUUCAACACAAAUAUAUCUCUGAAGACUUCUCAACCUGAAAAUUACUCUACAAACUCUGAAAGGGCUCAUGUAUCACUAAACCAAACGAACAUGCAAGUAAAAGGGUCUAGUUCUGAUGCUAUGCGAGUUAGUGUUUCAAGUGCUCCCAGCACCUCUAGUCAUGGGUCUGCACCAGAUGAUUGUGAUGCUCUAGGUGAUGUAUACAUAUGGGGUGAGAUUGUUGGUGACAAUGUUGUGAAGAUUGGAGCUGAAAAAAAUAGUAGUUACAUGACCUUGAGGACAGAUGUACUUCUGCCAAGACCUUUGGAGUCCAACAUUGUUCUAGACAUACAUCAUAUAGCCUGUGGCGUCAGGCAUGCUGCCCUAGUGACAAGGCAAGGGGAAGUUUUCACAUGGGGAGAGGAAUCUGGAGGCCGCCUUGGCCAUGGUGUGGUGAAGGAUGUAAUUCAACCUCGUAUGGUUGAAUCCUUGGCAGCUAGUAGUAUUGAUUUUGUUGCUUGCGGAGAGUUCCAUACAUGUGCUGUUACAAUGACUGGGGAGCUUUAUACAUGGGGUGAUGGUACACAUAAUGCAGGGCUUCUUGGUCAUGGCAGUGAUGUGAGCCACUGGAUACCAAAGAGAGUCUCUGGUCCGCUUGAAGGACUUCAAGUUGCUUCAGUGACAUGUGGUCCAUGGCACACAGCUUUGGUAACAUCRAUGGGUCAGCUAUUCACAUUUGGUGAUGGAACAUUUGGUGCACUGGGCCAUGGAGACAGAGAAAAUAUUUCACAUCCAAAAGAAGUGGAAUCUUUAUCAGGCUUGAGGACAAUUGCUGUUGCAUGUGGGGUCUGGCAUACUGCUGCUGUAGUUGAAGUUAUUGUGACACAAUCUAGUGCAAGCAUUUCAUCAGGUAAACUAUUUACGUGGGGCGAUGGAGAUAAAAACCGUCUGGGGCAUGGAGAUAAGGAACCCAGACUUAAACCCACAUGCGUGCCAGCACUAAUUGAUUAUGAUUUUCACAAAGUUGCUUGUGGUCACAGCAUUACUGUUGGUUUGACCACUUCAGGACAAGUUUUCUCGAUGGGAAGUACUGUUUAUGGUCAACUUGGGAAUCCCAGUGCAGAUGGAAAGAUACCUUGCUUGGUAGAGGAUAAGCUUUUUGGGGAAUCCGUUGAAGAAGUUUCAUGUGGUGCGUAUCAUGUAGUGGUUUUAACGUCCAAAAAUGAAGUUUAUACAUGGGGAAAGGGUGCAAAUGGGAGAUUGGGCCAUGGUGAUGUUGAAGAUCGGAAGAUACCAACGUUAGUAGAAGCUUUGAAGGACAGACAUGUGAAAUAUAUAGCAUGUGGUUCAAAUUACACAGCUGCCAUUUGUCUUCACAAAUGGGUUUCCAGUGCCGAGCAGUCACAGUGCUCUGCUUGCAGACAGGCAUUUGGAUUUACACGGAAGAGACACAACUGUUAUAAUUGUGGACUUGUGCACUGCCACUCUUGCAGUUCAAGAAAAGCAUUAAGAGCAGCACUUGCACCUAAUCCUGGAAAACCAUAUCGUGUAUGUGAUUCAUGUUAUGCAAAACUGAUUAAGGCAUCAGAAGCUAGUAGUAACAAUAGGAAAAAUGCUUUGCCUCGCCUCUCAGGUGAGAACAAGGAUAGGAUUGACAAGACUGAUAUGCGAAUGUCUAAGUCAGUGCCUUCCAAUAUGGAUUUGAUAAAGCAAUUAGACAACAAAGCGGCUAAACAAGGUAAGAAGGCUGAUACCUUCUCCCUUGUUCGAUCCUCUCAAGCACCUUCACUACUGCAGCUUAGAGAUGUUGUAUUAUCAACUGCUGUUGAUCUGCGACGAACAGCUCCCAGACCAGUCCUCACUGCUUCUGGAGUAAGUUCUAGGUCUGUGUCACCUUUCUCAAGGAAACCAAGCCCUCCUCGAUCUGCUACUCCUGUUCCUACAGCGUCAGGACUUUCCUUUUCGAAAAGUAUAACCGAUAGUUUGAAGAAAACAAAUGAUCUUUUGAAUCAUGAAGUGGUUAAAUUACGCUCACAGGUUGAGAGCCUGAGACAGAAAUGUGAACUACAGGAAUUAGAGCUUCAAAAAUCUUUGAAGAAAACACGAGAAGCUAUGGCAUUGGCUGCAGAGGAAUCUGGUAAAUCAAAAGCGGCCAAAGAAGUCAUCAAGUUACUAACUGCUCAGCUCAAAGAUAUGGCUGAGAGGUUACCUCCUGGAGUAUAUGAUGCUGAGAAAAUGAGAUCCGUUCAUCUUUCAAAUGGUUUGGAGUCGAAUGGAAUCUACCAUUUGAAUAUGAAUGGAGAACGUCAUUCACGAUCUGAUUCACUUACCAGCUACUCCUGUGCAUCUCCGACGGCAUCUGAUGCUGCUGCUUGGCGAGGAAGUUAUGGCCCAGCUCAUUCAUCCAGGGAGCUUUCUGGAACGAAUGAAAGUAUUAUGCAACAAGAAAGAAUUGACAAUCGAGAUGCUAGACUGCCAUAUAAUGGAGGGGCUCAGUCAGUUAGCAGUAGUGCAUCGGUGGCAGCUGUUGGCAAGGACUCUGAGUCUUUACAAGAUGGUGAUAACAAUUCUAGAGCCAAAACUUCUGCACUGGUCAAUGCUACUCAAGUUGAGGCUGAAUGGAUUGAGCAAUACGAGCCUGGUGUAUAUAUUACUCUCGUGGCUCUGCGGGAUGGUACUCGGGAUCUGAAACGUGUGCGCUUCAGUCGGAGAAGAUUCGGAGAGCAUCAAGCAGAAAAUUGGUGGUCAGAAAACCGCGACAAGGUAUACGAGAGAUAUAAUGUUCGCAGCUCGGACAAGUCUUCAGUUUCGGGACUGACUGCGCAGCGGGCGGAUGAUGCAGUUUCAAUAGCUUCCCAGCAACUCUAGCAAAGAGGGAAGUUUAAUGCAGUCAGUCCAGUCCAGUCCUACUCCAAACGAUUUUAUGUCAGUUGCAAUACUUGUGAUGGCUUUAAAGAUAAGACGAGCAGGAAAUGGUACAAAUGGAAGUAGGAUCCUUUGACCUUUGUUUAUAACUUUCUUUCCUUCUAACCCUUCUUUCUCAAUUUAUUUGGCCAAUUUAUUAAUGGGUUUCUACCCCUUGCCACCUGUCGAAUCUUUAGUGUAUAUAAAAUCCAUCCAUUAAGAUAAUAGCAGCCAAAGAAAAUUUUGUUC